AUGUCGACCACGCUUCGGCGUCGGGGUGGCGCAUCCACUCUCUCCGCGACGAUACAAGAGGCAGACAGUGAGUCCGAUUUGACGAUAUUAGAGGGCGAUGAGAAGCAGCCGGCCGUCGAGAUCCAUGCCGAAAAGGGAGAGCGCGACAUGUUCGACAGCUCUGAAGCCUUUGCGGUUGGCUUGAAGGCCCAAUCCGAAGGCCUCCAUGCGCACCACCCUAUGAUCAUGAUUCCUGGCGUUAUCUCGACGGGUCUGGAGUCCUGGGGCACGGCCAACAUUUCACGAUCUUACUUCCGCAAGCGACUCUGGGCCGCCUAUGACUGGCGGCUCUCCUACCCCAACCUUGAGGUUCGAGAUAGGUACUUCACCAAACUGAAGUCAUACCUCGAGAUCUCGUUGGAAACUUCGGGAACCAAGGCCGUGCUGGUGUCUCAUAGCAUGGGCAGCCAGGUCCUCUUUUACUUUUUCCACUGGGUGGCCUCAGAGUCUGGGGGCCAAGGAGGCGACGAUUGGGUGGAAAGGCACGUGGAUUCCUGGAUCAACAUCAGUGGAUGCAUGCUCGGUGCGGUAAAGGGUGUCACGGCUAUUCUCUCGGGUGAGAUGCGGGACACGGCACAACUCAACGCCUUCGCCGUGUACGGGCUAGAAAAGUUCCUGAGCAGGGAGGAGAGGGCAGAGCUCUUCCGCGCGAUGCCGGGAAUCUCCUCCAUGCUGCCCAUGGGAGGCAAUGCUGUGUGGGGUGAUGCGUCGGGCGCUCCCGAUGACCAGCAUGGCCAAAAACUUUCAUACGGGUCGUUCUUGAACUUCCGGGUCGAGCCCAACGCGACGACCCCAUCCCGCAACAUGACGGUGAACGAAGCGAUGGACUAUCUCUCGGAAACAACGGACCCGUGGUACCGAGACAUGAUCAAGCGUUCGUACUCGAACGGAAUUGCCCAUAAUAAAGCGGAAGUGGACGCCAACGAGAAAGACCCUAGGAAAUGGGUGAACCCCCUCGAGACAAGGUUACCUUUAGCGCCCAACCUCAAGAUUUACUGCUUCUACGGUGUCGGUAAACCGACGGAAAGAGGAUACUAUUACCGUGGCCCUGAGAAGCCAGGCCACUCGCGACUCAACAUCACCAUCGAUACUGCCCUAACCGCGGAGGGCGUUGACCACGGUGUUAUCAUGGGCGAAGGUGACGGCACGGUCAAUCUACUGAGCACCGGAUACAUGUGCAACCGCGGUUGGCGCAUGAAGCGCUACAAUCCCGCAGGGGCAAAGAUUACCGUGGUAGAAAUGCCCCACGAGCCGGAGCGAUUUAACCCCCGAGGCGGCCCGAAAACGGCCGACCAUGUGGAUAUUCUCGGCCGACAGACUUUGAAUGAACUCAUCAUCAAGGUCGCUGCCGGUCAGGGCCAUACGAUUGAGGAUUAUGUGGUCAGCAACAUUCUAGAAUAUGCCGAUAAAGUUCAAGUUGGCGACGCUGAGUGA